UGGAUGUUUUUCCUCAUUUUGGACUUCCUUUGGAACUACCUGGGCUGAGACCGAGCGGAGACUUUUACCAGGAGCCGAACCGAGUUCUUCACCGGUGCAUGAGACUGAAAACUGGGCCGCAAUGAGUCGGAGAACACGGCGCUGGAUUUUAAGAGUUUUGCUUUGUUUGGGGAUUGUUUACUUGAAAAUUGGAGGCUUUUCGUCGGUGGUGGCCCUGGGUGCGAGUAUAAUCUGUAACAAGAUCCCCGGUUUGGCUCCCAGACAGCGGAUUAUCUGCCAGAGUCGCCCCGAUGCCAUUAUCGUCAUCGGAGAGGGGGUCCAAAUGGGCAUCAACGAGUGCCAGUUCCAGUUCAAGAACGGCCGCUGGAACUGCUCCGCGCUCGGGGAGAGGACCGUCUUCGGAAAAGAGUUGAAAGUGGGCAGUAAAGAGGCUGCGUUUACCUACGCCAUUAUCGCAGCCGGCGUGGCACACGCCAUCACGGCCGCCUGCACACAGGGUAACCUGAGCGACUGUAGCUGCGACAAGGAGAAGCAGGGUUUCUACAGCAAAAACCAAGGAUGGAAGUGGGGGGGCUGCUCGGCGGACGUCAGCUACGGCCUGGGCUUCUCCAAAGUGUUCAUCGACGCGCGGGAGGUCAAGCAGAAUGCCCGGACGCUGAUGAACCUUCAUAAUAACGAGGUCGGACGCAAGGUUCUGGAAAAGAGCAUGCGCCUGGAGUGCAAGUGUCACGGUGUCUCGGGUUCCUGCACGACCAAAACCUGCUGGACGACCCUUCCCAAGUUCCGCGAGCUCGGCUACCUCCUCAAGGAGAAAUACGCCCACGCGGUGCACGUGGAACCAGUCAAAGCUAGCCGCAAAAAGCAACCCAAGUUCCUCAAACUCAAGAAGACUCACUCUUACCGGAAGCCUUCGGACACGGACCUGGUGUACAUAGAAAAGUCGCCCAACUACUGCGAGGCGGACCCUUUGACCGGGAGCCUGGGGACGCAGGGGCGGGUGUGCAACAAGACAAUGAUGCAGCACAUCAGCGGCUGCGACCUGAUGUGCUGCGGCCGGGGCUACAACACACACCAGUACUCCCGCGUCUGGCAGUGCAACUGCAAGUUCCUGUGGUGCUGCUACGUCAAAUGCAACACGUGCAGCGAAAGGACAGAGGUGUACACGUGUAAGUGAGAGUAUUUAUUGAUAGGGUAGGGACAAUUUCAUGAGCGGUUUUAUUCCUGGACACAAAAGAAUCAAGUCUGCUGUGCGACGUAGCUGGAGACGGAGCGUCACGGUUGUUUUGCACACAAAGCUCUUCAUCCCUUGUUCACGGACUGUGUGCUGGGAUGCAGUCAGUAACACUGGAAAUGAAAAACAAAAAAGAAACCGUAGCCUGACAUGUGGCACCGGGCUACACUUCUGGAUGUUUUUUUCACUGUUUGAACUUUGAGGUGAAGCUCGGCAGACACCCUGCUGCAGUUUCCCCCGCUCCUCUGCACAGAUGAAAUAGCCAUUUUGAAAUAUUUAACAUUCUGUAUCUAGUGAAUGAGAAUUAUUAAUAUUAAUUUAUUCUGUAAAGAACUACAGAUUUUGUCCGAUAUGGCUCAAAAUUAGCUAAAGUUUUUUAUUUUAUUUUUUUAGUUUGUUAGAGGGAUAAAACUUAUCCACAGUUAACACACUGGAUUCAAGGCUGCCUGUUCUCUGCUGUAGUCGCCUCUCUUUUGACCGUUAGUUUUCCCCUUCCCUCUGUUUGCUGCUAGUCUAGAAAAUCCCUCCUGUCGAGGCAGAAGUCUGUAACUGCUGACUUCAGUGGCGACGUCCACUUCAAGCUGAUUUGACUGGAAAUAUAAACCGAUCAAAAACACGAGCACAAUUUUCCACGUUUGGUUAAUAUAGAGUAUAUAUUUGUAAAGGCCUAUUUUUCUAUGAAUGUUUUUAUUUAUAUCUUUUUUUUUUCAUACUCUGCGUCACGCGUAGACCCAGAGACGUGUUUUAUGAACCCCUGUGAACAACAUAAAAAGAAAAAAAAAAGCUGAUUUAUUGUAAGUUGGCCCAAGCUGUCACUGCCAAGACUGUAUAUUGUACAGGAUAGAGACUGUUUAUAUGUGUCUGUGUUCAAACGUCUGUGUUUACUGCAUUUCAUAACUACUACUGAUGGAAUACAGGAACAGAUUAACACCAGCAA